CGCUGGAAGGGGGGCGCGCCGCGCGACGCUCCGGACUCGCACAUAUCAACUCGCCAUAUCUCGGAACAUGUGACCUGACGGCCAGAGCGUGCGGACAGCAGAGGCUCACAAGCGCUUGGCAGCCAGUAUGGGGGCGCGUCUGGCGUGGACGGCUGUGGUGGUAGGCCUGACAGGGCAGGUGCUGACGGGAUCUGCGGCAGGUGGCGGCGUCCGGCCUCAUAUCACAGAGCACCCCACCGACGAGCUGGUGGCCAAGGGUCAGCCGGUGACCCUGAACUGCAAAGCCGAGGGUGAGCCGCCGCCGCAGGUCAGCUGGUUCAAAGAUGGCCGCCCGCUGGCGGCCGAAGCCGGACCGCAGCGCUUCUUCCUCCACGGCAGCUCGCUCUACUUCGUCGAGGUGGUGCAGAACAGGAAGGAGAACGACGCCGGCACCUACUGGUGCGAGGCGCACAACGAGCACGGCGCCGCCCGCAGCAGGAACGCCACGCUCGACGUUGCAGCACUGCGGGACGAGUUUCGCGCGUCGCCGCGUGACGUGCAGGUGGCGCAGGCGGAGACGGUGCGCCUGCUCUGCGAUCCGCCGCGCGGCCAUCCGCCGCCAGAGGUCGCCUGGCGGCGUAACGGCGAGCCGCUGGACGUGGCCGGCUCGCGGCGCCUGCGCCUGGCGCCCGGCGGCGCGCUCGUCAUCUCGGACGUACGCCACCACGACCAGGGCGCCUACACGUGCGUGGCGCGCAACGUGGCCGGCGAACGGCGCAGCCGGCCGGCGCGGCUCACCGUCCACGUGAAGCCGUUCUUCCUGCGGCCGCCGUCGGACGUGACGAGCGCCGUGUCGCGGCGGGUCGAGCUCGCGUGCCAGGUGUCGGGCGACCCGCAGCCGCAGAUCGUGUGGCGGCGCGUCGGCGCCGAGCUGCCCGUCGGCCGCGUCCACGUCACCGACGACAAGAGCCUACGCAUCGACGACGUGCGGCUCACCGACGAGGGCGAGUACGUGUGUCGCGCCGAGAACGCCGUCGGCAGCGUCACCGGCUCGGCGCGCCUCUCCGUCACAGCGCCGCCCGUCAUCACCAGCCGGGGCACCAUCACCGAGUCGGACGUGUCGGAGCCGGUGGCGCUCGACUGUCGCGCCGAGGGCCGGCCGCCGCCGCUCGUCUACUGGCUCAAGGAGGGCCGCGCCGAGCCGCUGGCGCCCGGCGCCCGCCACACACUCGGCGCCAACGGCUCGCUGGUGCUGACGCGGCCGCGGCCCGGCGACCAGGGCUACUACCUGUGCGGCGCCGCACCGCCCGUCGACGGCUACUACGUGCGGUACCGGCCGGCGGCCGGCGGCCCGCUGGCCACGGUGACGGUGCCGGACGGCGCGGCCACCAGCCAUCGGCUGACGGGGCUCCGGAGCUACACGGAGUACCAGGCGCUGGUGGCGCCCUUCUUCCGCGGCGUAGAGGGACGCGCCGCGCCACUGGCCACCUUCAGGACACUCGAGGAUGUGCCGUCGGCGCCGCCGGAGGACUUCACCGCGCGCGUCAUCAACGACACGAAUGUGCUGCUGCACUGGCAGCCUCCCGUGGAGGCCGAGCGCAACGGCGUCAUCACCGGCUACCGGCUGCUGCUGUUCACCAACGCCACGCAGCUGCGGCGCAGCUACUCGCUCAACGACACGGCGCUGGGCCGGCUGCUGACCGAGCUGUCGCCGCACACGCGAUACUGGGCGCAGGUGGCUGCCGUCACGGCGCCGGGGCCGGGUCCGCUGACGGCGCCGCUCGCCUUCACCAGCGGUGGGCCGGCGCUCGCCGACCAGGGCGGCUCUCGCGUGCUGCACGAGGCCUGGUUCAUCGCGCUGCUCGGCUUCCUCGUGUUCGUGGUGGUGUCGCUGCUGGUGGGGCUUGUGUACGUGAAGCGGCAGCACGGCGUGAAAGAGGCGCUGGCGGCGACGCCCGGAAAGGCGCGUCAGGAGGCGAUGUGGGUGGACCGCGGCUGGCGGCCCUCCGACAGCGACAAGGACUCGAGUCUCUCCGAGCAGAAGUUGCUCGGCUACCAGCAGCAGCAGCAGCAGCAGCAGCAGCAGCAGCAGCAGCAGGCGGCGCUGUGCGCGGAGUACGCCGAGCUGGACCAGCUAUGUGACAGCGGGCCGUAUGCGUCGGCCUGCGUUAUCCGGCAGAACCCGCUCAGCCGGCCCUGUCACGCGCCGCCCGGCUACGCUGGCUCGCUCAACCUGCCGGCGGCCAAGGUGCUGAACCGGCCCAGCCUGGCCGACAUCCUGCCGCCGCCGCCGGCGCAUCCGCCGCCGUGCGGGGAACGACUACGUCCGCGGCCGCCGGCGCGCGCCCGCCUCCACCGCUGCGGCAGCCAGUGCGUCGAGUGCUCGUGCAGCGAGGGCGAGUCGUCGUACGACAACAACCCGCGCGAGCGCGCUCCGCGGACUGAGCCGUGCCAGCGUCGCCGGCCGGCCGCCGAUGCCGACGACUAUUACGGCAUCCCGGCCGGCGGCGAACCCCACUGGCCGCUGGAGGCUGACUACUCAACGUCUGCCGCCGGCCAGACGGCCGCUUACUCACGGUCCGUCGAGCUGGGAGGCUGA